AUAAACAUUCCAACAUGCACCAAGGGUCAAAUUCCACUUCACAUUUUUUGUGGUUAACGCAGUCAGCGGCAGGGGAAGCCGAAUCACAAAAGAAAAAUGCUGCCCUCUAAAUACACAGCCGCCCACUCACUCCCACCUCAUGCUGUGAUGCAGUUGGCAAAGGCAUGGCUUGCGGAGGACACACCAAACUUCGAUCCUGCGGGAGUGUGUGUGGGCUCACAGCAGGUGGAGGCGAGGUUGUUGUGUAAAAGCCCACACAGUAUUUUGGCAGGAAGUCCCUUCUUCACAGCAGUGUUCACUGAAGUCGGCUGUACCGUGGAUUGGCUUCACCGGGAUGGAGAUGAAAUUGGGCCAGAUCCUGUCACGCUUACUGCUGUGGUUCGAGGCCCGGCCAGAUGCCUCCUCCUGGGUGAAAGGCCAGCUCUAAACUGUCUUGCUCGAGCCUCAGGGAUCGCCACUCGAUGUUCUCAACUCAGGAAACUGGCAAGAGCAGGAGGAUGGCACGGAGAAGUGGCAGGCACACGGAAAACAACCCCUGGCUUCCGCCUGGUGGAGAAGUACGCUAUGCUGGUGGGUACUGUGUCCAUGCACAGGCAGGACUUGAGUGGAAUGGUCAUGCUGAAGGACAACCAUGUCUGGGCUUCAGGAAGCAUCACAGAGGCUGUGAAAGCUGCCAGAUCAGUGUGUGGUUUCAGCAGUAAGAUUGAAGUGGAGUGUCGCUCCACAGAGGAGGCCAUGGAGGCUGCCACAGCAGGAGCAGACAUAGUUAUGCUUGACAACUUCCAGCCACAGGUGCUUCAUGUUGCAGCUGCUUCUCUGAAACAAGAAUUCCCAGCUCUCUUGAUAGAAGCCAGUGGAGGGGUGACACCAGAUAACCUACACGAGUAUUUCUCUCCUUGUGUAGAUAUCAUUUCCCUGGGAUGUAUUACACAAGGGUGCCCAGUUGUGGACUUCUCACUAAAGGUUCAAAAACCUAUUCCUUAGUCUUCCCUCUAUGAAGGAUUAGCACCCAAAACGUAUUGUGCAUUCACAAAAAUGAAAUGUAACUAUUUAUUAACAAUAAAAACGUGAGUGGUUAAAGAGACGUAUCACAAUAGGAAAAAGAAACUCAUUCUAGAACAGUUGAAAUUUAUUUAGGGGUCAAUCAGAGAAACAUUAAACGGUAACAGAUGUGUGCUGACUCCCAUUAUAUGUACAUGUAAUUGCUUAAUCCAGAACAUAGCCGCAUCCCAAUCUAUAAAAGACAUUAGUAGGUAUGUAUGCACGCACGCACACGCACACACACGCACGCACGCACGCACGCACGCACGCACGCACGCACGCACGCACGCACGCACGCACACACACACACACACACACACACACACACAAAAGGUCAAGAAAUUAAAUCAAUUAACUCUUGAUAAUGCAGAGCUGUGAAAUUAAAUUCAUUCCAAGUCCUUAAGCAUCAACUACAACCACAUCAUAAAGCUGACUGAGAAAAUAUAAGAUGUGCAAAAGUGUUACUAUGUGGCUAAAAGGUGCCACCUUUGAAGAAUGUAAAUUAUAAAACAGAUUCUGCUUUAAUUAUUUUUGGGGGGUUACAGAAUAACUCUUAUCAACAUUGCUUCAUAAUGUUGAUGACAUCUGUAUUCAUCUACGAUUCAAGGAAUAUUUAAAUACAAUGAAAAAAAAACGUAUUUUUUUGUGGUUCCAAACACAGGGUUAUGUUUAUUUUUGUGUUACAAUGACGUACUUUAUGUUGUAAUAAAGUUGUUUGCCCCUUGACCAAAAUAAAGCAUCAGUUCAUUUGACAGCAAA